CCUCACAACUCACAGCUCGCAAGGUAGUAGCUUUGAGUCUAUCUGCCACGGGCCAAGUCGAGUAGGUCUUCUCGUCCUCGUCAACUUCGAAGAUGUCGCAGAGGCCGGGGAGGCACCAGAGGAGGGCGUCGCAGAGCGUCUUCUCACUGCCGGAGAACUUCGCCAGCCUCGACGACGUGCCGGCGGACGGCGGCGAGCAGCGGAAGCCCGCGGCGGCGGAUGCCUCGUCCGAGCAGCAGCCGGCGAGGCCGGCGGGCGGGCGCCACCGCAGGACCAUGUCGAUGGCCGUCACCGCCUCCAGGGACCUGGACAUGAUCGCCGAGGACAUCGGGAACUACAAGUACGGUGCUUGAUUAGUGAGUAUGUGGUCGGUAGUCCAUGCCGGUGCGUACCGUUCGUACCAAUCGUACGUACGCAUUCGUCUCCGGUGGUGGAGUCUUGGGUUAGGUGCAUUUGUGCAGAGCAGGCGUGUCGGUCUCUCGAGUCUGGCGUUCCUGUUCUGUACGCCGUUUGGUUGUUAUUUCUCUGCUGUCUUUGUCCUGCUUGUCUGAAUUUGUACUUCUUUCAUGUCUUAAAAUCAGAGUAAAGAAAUGUCGAGGUUACAAAUUUGCAAUUA